UUAUGUAAGCGUGAGUGAGUGAGGUAUAUAAAUGAAAAUCAACACUCCUUUGCCAUUACCCUUUUCUUUCCAUUCACUAUCCUUCAAAUUAUACUUGUUAGUACUUUGGUUUUCUUACCUUAAACUAAAAAUUCACCUAAAAUAAAAAUCCAAGCUUAUAGAUUUUUCUCUCUCUAAAAGGGAACUGCAGGUUUGUUAUCAAAGAAGUGAUUUUUUGAAUAAAGUGCUUUUGAUUUGUGGGAAAAAAGCUUCAAUAGAAGACAGGGUGCUAAAAGUAGCACAGGAUCAGAAAAUGGGGAAGGGGGGUCCUUCUAUUAUGAUAAUUUGGUACUUACAAGCUUUGGAAAUGGUAGCUGCUAAACUCGUGUGAACAUUUGGUACAUCUUUUUGAUAGUUUGAUAUGAGUGACAAAGAAAAGUUUGAGGUGGAUGGAAAUGAGGAGGAUCCUAUGAGUUAUUCUAGUGGUAUGCCACCUGAUUGGAGAUUUGGUGCAAAUUCAUCUGUUGGGUUGGUUUCAAUUGGGAAUUCUAUGAGUAUGAAUAGAGGGGAUUUGAUUGGUUCUUCAUCAUGUUCAUCUGCCUCAAUGGUUGAUUCAUUUAGUCCUAACUUUUGGGACCAUUCCGCGAAUUCGCAAAACUUGGGAUUUUGUGACAUUAAUGGGAGUUCUUCAAAUACAAUUGGAAUUAGGAAAGAUGGGUUUGGUUUUGGAAGGGGUGGUCAUGAUCAUGGAACACUUGAAAUUGGUUGGAACCAGGCUAAUGCUAUGAUGAAAGGGGAUGGUUUUUUACCGAAUGGACAAGGGGUUUUUCCUCAGAGUUUAUCUCAGUUUCCUACUGAUUCUGGUUUUAUUGAAAGGGCUGCGAGGUUCUCGUGUUUUGGUGGAGGGAAUUUCAGUGAUGUGGUGAACGCUUAUGGGGUUCCUCAAUCCAUGGCGAUGUAUGCCGGUUCAAUUCAUGGAACUAGGGAUGCUCUUGCAGGCGUUGGACUUCGAGUAGCAAAUGGAGGACCAACACAAGAGAGUGAUGAUCCGAAUGUGGUUGAAGCAGCUACAAAAGGUGUGGUGUCACCAUCUGUUGAGCAAUUGGCUACUAGAGAAAGUCCUUUGAAGAAUGAUAAAAGCGAGGGUUGGGUUGGGUCUCAAGAUGAAGGGAAGCAAGCUCUUGUUCAGAAUGUUAAUGAUUCCGAUGGAGGUGAAUCGGGUGACGAUGAUGGUGGUCGUGGCGGACAAGAUGGUUCCCCAAUGUUGGAGGGUACUACUAGUGGAGAGCCUUCUAUGAAAGGACUAAACUCGAAGAAAAGGAAAAGAAGUGGACAGGAUGCUGAUAAUGAUAAACCCAAUGGAACUCAAGAACUACAAAAUGAAGGUGCAAAGGACAACCCUGAGAACCAACAGAAGUGUGACCAACAACCAACUUCGACAAUUAAGGCUUCUGGGAAGAAUGCCAAACAGGGCUCUCAAAAUUCUGAUCCACCUAAGGAGGAAUACAUACAUGUUAGGGCUCGCCGGGGUCAAGCAACAAACAGCCAUAGCCUUGCAGAGAGGGUGAGGAGGGAAAAAAUAAGUGAGAGGAUGAAGUUUCUUCAAGAACUUGUGCCUGGAUGCAGCAAGGUCACUGGUAAGGCAGUGAUGCUGGAUGAAAUCAUCAACUAUGUACAGUCACUUCAACGACAAGUUGAGUUUUUGUCUAUGAAACUUGCAACAGUUAAUCCACGGCUGGAUUUCAAUAUUGAAAGCCUUCUUGCUAAAGAUGUUCUUCACCAACGGCCUGGUCCUUCGUCCACACUAGGAUUUCCUCUAGAGAUGUCAAUGAAUUUUCCUCCAUUACAUCCAUCUCAACCAGGGAUGAUUCAGUCAGUGAUUCCAAACAUGGCAAACCCGUCCGAUAUCCUUCGAAGAACUAUUCAUACACAGUUAACACCGUUGAGUGGAGGAUUCAAGGAGCCAAAUCAGAUGCCUGAUGUGUGGGCGGACGAGCUUCACAAUGUUGUACAAAUGAGCUUUGCAACAACCGCUCCCAUGAGUAGCCAAGAUGUGGAUGGUACCACGGCAGCAAAUCAGAUGAAAGUUGAACUUUGAUGUUACACUGCAUUCAUCUUCUUCACUACAUCGCAUAUUUUGGCUUUUGUUCUUGUCAGAUGGAAAUAACUACGGUCAGAGUUUUACACAUGACUUGCGAAACUUGAAGGCCUCGGGGGUAAGUCACACCCUACAGAUGACUGGAUGUAGGUCAGGGAAAGUAUUAAUGAAUGUUACUAUCUUUCGAAGCGUGAAUAUAUAUGUAUCAUAUGUUUAGAAGUGGAAGUCUAUUUUCCUCAAAUAGGUUUGCUCACUAAAUAUAAUUAAAGAAUGUAAAGACAGGAUCUCACUAUGUUCGAUCAACCAGGUGAAAUUCUAUAGCAUUUUUUGUUGAGCUCUGGCCAUA